AUGAAGGGAUUCCUUGAGAGAGGAGCUGGCCGACGCCCUUCUCACCCCGGUGUGACCCGGGGGGGCGCGGGCCCAGACGUCGCUGGGAGCUUCCACCCAACCGGUGGAGCUCCCCGAGGGCGGAGCGUCGGCGGGUCCCCGCCGAGCAAGAGGCGAGGGAGGGCGGGCGCCCCCAGCGCCCGGGUGGAGGGAGGCCGGGUUCGGUGCGGGCCUAGGAGGGGGGCGCAGAACCAGGGCUUUUUAGGACCCAGCGCGGCGCCUCCCUCCGGGGGCGAGUGCGGCUGCGCGCGCCGUGUGCCCGUGUCCGGAGAGCCGCGGGCUGGAUGCGGACCGCGCGAACGAGCGAGCGAGCAGGCAGCGGAGCAGCAGCCCGGAGGCGGCGGCGGCGGCGGCGGUGACGGCGGCGGCGGCGGCCGCUCCGCGCCUCGCCUCCCUGGCCUCGCCAGCCUCGCUGCGGCGCCGCGCCCGGACCUACCACCCCCGCCUCCCGGGCCCGACCUCGGCAGCGCCCCUCGCUCCGGCUGCCAGCGCCACCCGCCCUCCGGGAUCCGGGAGCGGAGCGCGGGGCGCAGGGACCCCGGAGCCAGUGUCCGCCGGCGCCGCCAACAAACCGGGCCGGGAGAACCGCCUUCCCUCGGCCCAGAGCCGCUCGGCAGCCGCCCGGGAGCUGUCCCUUCAGCACCGCCGCCGGAGCCCGAGUCCCAGCGCAGCCCGGCAGAAGCCCUGGCCGAGCGAGCCCGAGCGCACCAGGCGCUGCGCUCAGCGACCGCCCCGCGGGGCAGCACCCAGGUGCCCCGGCCCAGGGGACCCGCCAUCUCCUCCGGGAGGCGGGGAGAAGGAACGAGGAGGGCAGGCGGGCUGCUUCACCCGCCGCCGAGGGGAAUAGGCAGCCAGGCGAGGAGAGCCGGAGGGGACCCGCCACACAGGGAGGACAGCAGCCUGCAGCUGUCCCCAGCACACCGGGAGCGCGCCGCGGCGACCACCGCAGAGGCGAGCGCGGGCUUCCCGUCCCCCCCCACCCCAUCACUCCCCCUGUUGGGGCCGCUCUAUUGGUCCGGGCCCCCCGGAACGGAGCAGCUGACCUUCCCCUAA